UACACGCAGCCGCAUAGAGUCUCCGUUAAAUGCAGCUCGAGUCGUCGGCGGCGGCCAUGCGCGCACGGUAGAGAGCUUGUCGACGGAGAUGGCGGUGAUGAGCGGCGCUGCAGACAGCAUGUUGCCAAAGCUGGUGGACGAUCCGGAGGCGGUGGCGCUGGCGGUAGAGCCGUGGGCGCAGCCAGGGAGGAAGAACAAGAAGACGUGCCGUCGGGCUUUGCUCGUCGGCAGCCUGAUGACGCUGCUGCUCCUGGCGUGCUUCGUCCUCGGCCGAGAGAGCGCGUCGUCAGCGGCAUGGCUGCAGAUCGAUCUCCUCGCCAAGCUGACCGCCAUGAACAAUGGAACGGCAGGCGCUAGCACAUCCGCAGAACCAAGCAUUGAUCGAGUCACCUCGAUCGCUUCAGGGCUUACGACGACGACGCACGCUCCUCAUGGCCGUGACGAGCUCCUCGGCGGCCUUCUCCCGGCGGGCAUGAACAGGCGGACGUGCCGGAGCCGGUACGAGUCGUGGCGGUACUACAAGUACUUCCCGUACGCGGCGUCGCCGCACCUCCAGGACAAGCUGCGGGCCUACGAGGCCCGGCACAGGCGGUGCGCCCCCGGCACGCCGCUCUACGCCAAGUCCGUCGAGCAGCUCCGGUCCGGCCGCAGCGCCGACGGCAUGGAGUGCACCUACGUCGUGUGGCUCCCCUUCGACGGCCUCGGCAACCGCAUGCUGUCCAUGGUGAGCGGCUUCCUCUACGCGCUGCUCACGGACCGCGUCUUCCUAGCCGCCUUGCCCGCGGACUCGGCCGACCUCUUCUGCGAGCCGUUCCCGGACACGACGUGGCGGCUCCCGCUGGAGGACUUCCCCGUCGCCGACCUGCUCCCGCGGGGGCAGAGCAUCGAGCGGUCGUACACGAGUCUUCUCGACGCCAAGGAGGUCGGCCCGGACGCGAACGCGACGGCGGGCGUGCCGCCGUACGUGUACGUGAGCUUGGGGUGGCAGCUCAAGGACCCCCUCUUCUUCUGCGGCGAGCACCAGCUCGUUCUCGGCAAGGUCAACUGGCUGCUGCUGUACAGUGACCUCUACUUCUCCCCGUCGUUGUACGCGGUGGCCGAGUUCCAGGACGAGCUCCGGCGGCUGUUCCCGGCCAAGGAGAGCGUGGGCCACCUCCUGUCCCGGUACCUUUUCCACCCGACCAACCCCGUGUGGAGUCUGACCACCAGGUACUACCGCUCGUACCUGGCUACCGCAAAGCGGAGGAUCGGUGUGCAGGUCAGGAUGUUCAGCUAUGGCUCCAUCUCCGCCGACGACAUGUACAGCCAGAUCCUCGCGUGCUCCCAGCAGGAGCACAUACUGCCGGAGACCGAAGACGGUGAUGAGGACGAGGUGGUGGCCGCGACGAGGAACGGCGACAAUGCCGAUGGCUCCAACUCCACGGCCAUCUUGGUGGCGUCUCUGUACGCGGACUACUACGAGAGGCUGAGGUCGAGGUACUACGACCACGGGGCGAAGGGCGGCGAGAGGGUGGCCGUGUUCCAACCGUCGCACGAGGAGCGCCAGGCGACGGACAACAUGGCGCACAACCAGAGAGCGCUCGCGGAGAUCUACCUGCUCAGCUUCUCCGAGGAGCUUCUCACGUCGGGGAGGUCCACGUUCGGGUACGUGAGCAGCAACCUCGCCGGCGUCCGGCCGACGAUCAUGCUCACCGCUUAUGACCACAAAAUUCCGGAGCCGCCGUGCCGGCGGGCCGUGUCCAUGGAGCCGUGCAACCUCACGCCGCCCCUGGGCGUGGAGUGCCGUGGCAAGCCCGUGGACAAGGAGGACCUGGCACGCCAUCUCAGAGUCUGCGAGGAUUCCAAGGACUCGGUCAAGCUUUUUGACUAAUAACAACGCCCGCUACUAACUUUUUUUCUUAGUUUCUCUGGUUAAAUUUUAAGAUAAUUUUAUAUCAACUAGUAAAAAAAUAUGAUUUGCUAUUAAUUUUUUAUUAUAAUAUAUCAUUUUCGUUUCUAUGGCUAUAAAAAUAUUGUAAAGUAUCAACUCGACAAAGAUCCAAGUCUUGGAAUAGAGUAGCAACUGUCCUAUAUGAAAGGAAAAUGGGCUCUAAGCUAUUUCUAUAUUGA